AUGGCGAUGAUAUCGCCAGUAGGGCAGGAGCGACUGUUAUUUUUAGGCUUGGGAAUCACGACUUAUGCUGUUUUGGUCUUUGUGCGUAAUCGCCUUAUCCACUUUCGCGAAGCAGCUACCAUUCCACCCAUCGAGAACAAAUCCCAUUUCAUCGACCAGAAGACCGAAGAUUCCUUAAAACUAAGUACGCUGGGAAAGUUAUUGGACAACCCAAACUAUGGAAUUCAAGAGACUGCCUCCAUCAUUGUCUGCGAACGUGCUCUGCACAAUGAAUCCGCCAUCAACAGCCUACUUCAUGAGAUUAGUGAACCAGAUUAUGACCGACGAGAGAAGGCAGUUAGAGCAUUUAUAUUGAUUGUAAAUGGCUCAACUGUCAAGCGAAUACAUAAACCAGAAACAUACGAAGCACUUGUCAAGAGUCUGGAAUACUCUGUAGACGACUACGAGCACCAUGAAUACGAUUCAGAUUGGGACAAUUGGCACCUUCGCGACAUAGCGGAAAAAAGCUGUCUUAUGAUAAUACAUGAAUUAAUUUACAAAUACGAUGUCGAAGAACUUUUGAACGCCGGGUUUAUAGAACGUUGGCUGGUGAAAGAGCCAUGGGGUAGAACUGCAGAAGAACGUUUGAGUAAUUUCAUGGACUCCCUCAACAAGGAGAAGCUCUUGAACCGGGUGAUAGUGCCAUUGUUUAAUAAUGAAAGGGGCAGGAAGAUGUUAGAAGAGGCGAAACUACUACCAGCAAGACCUGAUAUGGCAGUAAGGCAUCUUGCUAUGGAAGGGAGUGCGGAUCAGGAUUUAGAAGAUUUUGAAGGCAUUUUUGCUGAAAGAAGACCGAGGGAUCAGAGCACGGCAGAAGAGCACCUCAGAAGGCGUCAUAGGGAAGCUAUGGUUCUAAAUGAUGGCACAAGGCCACUUGAGCGAGGCGACAUCUAUGAAAAUCAACAACGACCCAUCGGAUCUAUGGAAUGA